UUCGUUUGUGAUCUUUGAGUUAAAAGAGUAGAAUGAAAUUUUAUUGUAGUUGACAGUGCUAAUUGUUUUUAACUUUACAAGAUUUCGUUUUGUACCACGUGGAAGUAAUGUCAGCUUUUUUGCGAAGAGAAUUCAAACGCUUGCCAUGUCUUUAUGAGAAUGGAAAGUGUGAAAUGAAACGCCAUUUAAAUAGUAAUACGGCAAGUGUAUGUAAGAUACACCGACAGGUAUAUCCGCGGACCUAUCCUGUUCUUAUUGUUUUGCCCGAUGGUGCCACUAUAAACAUCAGAUAUCAUGAACCAAGGAAAAUCAUAAAGCUUCCUUUGGAUCUGUCUACACUGAGUGAUGAAGAACGUAAGCUCCGUUUGGAAAAGCGGAAGCCAAAGUCCAAGGUGAAGAUAGAAGAUGACUAUGAAGAUGACUUUGAUGUUAAUAAAUAUCUAAAAUAUAUCAGAAAAACAAAUUCUAAUGUAUAGAAACAAGUAUUGUAUUUCCAGUAAUAAUAAUAAUAAU